AUGAAGUCGCUACAGACGCGGGCGACGGGCGCAUCCUGUAAAGAAUGCAGACGCCUCAAGAUUAAAUGCGACAAGCAGGUCCCAUGCGGGACAUGUACCAAGCGAGGCCUUCAGAGCCUCUGUCCCGACGGUCAGCUCAGCGGCACAAAGGGCUCUAGAUACGUCCUUGCGUCUGCAGAAGAGUCAUGGCAUCGUAUCCAGGCUCUCUGCGUUCGGGUCCAGGACCUCGAGUAUGCACUCGAAAAGGCCCAUGCCGCUGCCCGCCUCAACUUUGCACAACACCAGCACUCUGAUUUUACUUCUUCUUCGUCUUCUGUUGCUUCCACAUCAUCUUACCCGCUUGCUGCCUCGGAGCGGCAUCCCCUCCUCGAGCCAGAAUUGAUCAAGAUUGGUCAGGAUCCUCGUGCUGUGGUUGUCAAGAGCCCCGAGAGCCAACAUUCAGGAUCUAUGCCUCCCUCGACCCCCGACCUCUCUACGUCCUCGCCUAUGCCCAUGACAGCAGUGGCAAAGAGCAUCAGGCCGCCGGACGAAGUCCCUAUCGCUCAAAUGGGAACUAUGAAAAUUUCAAAGCCCGGCUCCUAUCGUUGGCUAGGUACGACCGCCAUUCCUGCCAUGGUUCUCGAUAUCGGCGAUGUUGCUCAUGACAAUGAGUACCCUUUCCCAUCUCGCCUCCUCAACGAUCUUCCCACUCUUCCCCCCGACCUCCUCCAGUCCCCAGAGCGUCAUGGCGUUAUUUGCGCAACAAAGCACUCGGCUGAUGAGCUGAAAAAACUCGCAUUUGAUCAUCUUCCACCACCACAGGAAGCACUCCACCUUAUCGACAAGUAUUUCCAGUUUUCGUGGCAAUGGCCCAUCAUUAUCGACCGCCCAACGGUCCUCUCCACACUCUAUCAUCCAGCCUACUCAGUCAACGCAUACGCGAUGAGCACGUACAACCUCUCCGCCCUCUUCUCUCUCCUCGCCAUGGGCUCACUAUAUGAUCCCAACAUUGAUUCGUCUUGUCACGAGUUCAAAUCUCGCCGCCAGCUCGCCCGUGCCCUCUUCUUUUACAACUGGCCGCGUGGUCCGACAGCAAUAGACGAGAUGGAGAGCUUGCUCCUCUUGUUCCGAACAAGUUGGCCGUUCCUUGAUACGAGCGCGGCUGCCAACUAUGAGCUCCUCGCAUGGGGAAUCAAAUUGGGUGGCAAGCUUGGACUCCAUCGUGACCCCGAACCACUCAAACUUUCCGUCGAAGAAGCAGAACGUCGUCGGCGUGUUUUCUGGGGGAGCUUGAACUUUGGACAACCACCCACGCUGGCAAAGGGCUUCGUUAACUGUCGCCCCCCGCAAGAAGCACCCCCUCGUCCACAUUCUUCGUUCAUUUCGUUCCUUAAUAUGGUACUAUGGCUUCACCGCCAUAGCCCGAGGAUUCCGCUGCUUUGUGGACAGCCUGAUCUCUCCACCGGAAUUGCACCCGCCGCCCUCUCGUCGUCGAUGAUGCUAACGACCAUUCUAGUUGAUGGCGACCUCCACCCACAGCUCACGCUUAUCCUGCAAGAUAUGCUCGCACACUUUAUGGAGUCUGGACCUUCGCCACCUUACGCUGCUGUCCUCCGUCUUGACAGAAAGAUUCGUGAAGUCGAUGCUACCCGGCAUAUGCCCGCGCAAGACCUCUUGGGUCGCGACAUCCUGGGCAAUCCCAUUGAAACCAAACCGCAUUCAGUCUCCCCCUCCUCGGCCUCUGCGCCACCCUCUGCCAUACCAUCAACCCCCGCAACGACGGCGGCCUCGAUGGAAGGUGGAGACUAUAAGCCAAAGCUUAAGAUACCGGAUACACGGCCACCCUGGCUGCGCGAGAUUGCAAAUGCGUUUAACCGUGGCCUCAAGUGCUUGAUGCUCCUUACGCUCCACAAGACGUAUUUCUCCUAUGCAAUUCUUCGUCCCGAGGAAAACGCAGUCGAGGGUAAACUGGCACUGUCUGUCAGCGCGACAUACGAGGCUGCAACAGGCUUACUCGAGUGCGCGCUUGUCGUCUCUCGCCACGCACCUUGGCUACAAGUACGCUAUUCGCCAAAUUGGGUGCACUACCAGACUGCAUGCAUGGUCCUUUAUGCAUUUGCAAUCUACACCCCUGGAUACCCCAAAGUCGAGGAAGCAAUGGCUGCUGCGGACAAGGCAGUCAACGACUUGUUCCUCGCACACGGGCGAGACUCUGCCAUCGCCACCGCUAGUCUGCCAUCCGUUCUCAAGUGCCAGACAAAGGCAAAGGAGUCGCUCGCCAAAUGGCGCGUCGGACGCUGGUCGCAUCCUACGUCGCAGCAAGAUGUACCAGAGGAUGAGCUGCCGACCGAGGCCCUCUUCAACGAAAAGCUAAUCAUUACAAACUCGCUCCCUCCUCCGUCGGCGCCGACGCCACGCAUCUUGCGACACCACAACUCUGGAAGUAUCAGUCUCAGUCUAAGCAACAGCACAGGUGCGAGUAACGGGAACGGGAACGGAACGCAUAAUGUAGGAAGCACGAAUCAUGGAGGUGAUGGGUCUCGUGGAAGUACUCCGAGUGACAUGGUGGCAACCUCGUCCUCGAUGUAUGGAGAGGGUUCGUCUGGCUCCUCUGCUUUCCAUGGGCAUCAAUGGAUGAAUACGGAUAUUGACUCGCCAUUGGUCGUCACUCCAGAUCUCAGCUCCGUCACGGCAGCCACCGUAGCUGGCAUGAACCCUUCCCCGUCGACGUAUGGGGGCAUGGGCAGUUCCUAUUUCCCGCAGCAGCCAAGCCAUGGUCACCUUGAGAGUGCGCCACAGGCCUCAGUCCCAGUAAAUGAUGGCUAUGGACAUACCCAGAACCAUUCGAUGGACUGGUCAAAUGCCGCUCCUGUCAUGAAGGUCGAGUCGCCUCCACCACAGCCCGAGCUGGUCUAUGGCAACCAGUAUACGUCCUCGUCGACGGCUUCGAUGCCUGGUGCUGGUUUACUCCAGGUUCCUUCUCCCGUAGAAGAUUACCAAGCAGCGAUUCCUCCUGUUCGUCGUAUACGUGGUUUAUCGAGGGCCCGCUCCUUCCCCAGCGACCACCAUCACAUCGCAAGCCCAAAUGUCUAUCCACCGACGGCAGGGAUGCACUCACAACUCUACCAGCCGAUGAUGCUCUCACCUGUGCACUCGGUGUCCUCCGUCACGCCGUCGACAAUGACACCAGAUCACCAAGGAAGCUUUAUGCAUCAGCAAUCGUACCUUUCACACUCUAUCCCGCAUUCACAGCACCCUCAGCAUCCCCAAACGCUUCCUCCGCUAUCCUCCCGUCCCCCUGCGCAUGAACCGUAUGGUCAGUGGAUCAACCACUCACCGUCUUCGCCAGAUGAUUAUGGAACGCGUGUGCACACAUCCUCUUCGGGUCAUUUUUCACCCACGACAGAUAUGCAUGCGCAUCAUCAAUCGAGUUACCUCGAACCGCGUCGGACGUCUGCGUCCAUUCCUCUCCAUGCACUCGAGCAGGCAUGGUCGAGUCUCAACGUCCAGCAACGCUGA